CCCACACUGCCCACACUGCCCCCCAGGCAAAAGUCGUCCGUGUGAAGGUGUUCCGUUUCAAAAUUAGUUCGCUGUGAUGCAGAGCCGGCUGCCACGGCACCAACCGGCCCAGCAGCAGCAGAAACAUGUCCAUCGUCGGCGCCCCCCCCGUGCAAACAUUUCCACCCCUCUCCGGCCCGCCGUCCGUCCUUCCGUGCCGUUGCCGCUGGUGAUACGCCCUCUGGCCUAUCGGCUUGCUGGAAUCACGCCGUGUGGCUCCUGGCCCGUCCUCCCCCGGCCUCUGUUCCCGUUGUGGCCGCGCGCCGCAUCAUGAGACCCCCGGUGUUCCGCCUGCUGCGCUUCGGCCUGCCGGGCAAUAAAACCUCCCUCAUGCGCCGAAUCCGGGUCUCUUGCGCUUCUGCUUGCGGAACCCAUACCCCACAUUUCCACCCCCUCCCUCUGCGCGUCGGCAACCAUGCUCACAAGAACCGUCGGUGUCCUCGCCAGGCCCUCGGCCCCGCUCCUCCGGACUCGCUACUCGUUGGCUCUGCGCGGCCUCGCUCAAGGCCCCGCCAAGUUUGCGUCCUUCAACUGGGAGGACCCUCUGAACCUCAACAGCCUCUUGACCGAAGAAGAAAAGGCCGUGCGGGAUGCUGCCCACGCAUACUGCCAGACCAAGCUUCUGCCGCGUGUCACCAACGCCGCCCGCAACGAAGUCUUUGACCGGGAGAUCAUGAACGAGAUGGGCGAGAUGGGCAUGCUCGGUGCAACCAUCGACGGCUAUGAUUGCCCCGGCGUCUCCUCUGUGGCCUAUGGUCUGAUUGCCCGCGAAGUCGAGAGAGUCGAUAGCGGCUACCGCUCUGCCAUGAGUGUCCAGUCUUCGCUGGUCAUGUACCCCAUCUAUGCUUACGGCACAGAGGCACAGAGAGAGAAGUAUCUGCCCCGUCUCGCCAAGGGCGAGAUCGUUGGUGCCUUUGGCCUUACCGAGCCCAACCACGGAAGCGACCCCGCUGGCAUGGAAACCCGCGCUGUCAAGAGGGGCAACGUCUACGUCCUCAACGGAUCCAAGACUUGGAUCACCAACUCGCCCAUCGCCGAUGUCUUUAUCGUCUGGGCCAAGACCGAGGACCAAAAGAUUCGCGGAUUCAUUCUUGAGAAGGGAAUGAAGGGUCUCUCUGCUCCCUACAUCAAGGGCAAGUUCUCGCUCCGUGCCUCGGCCACCGGCAUGAUCAUGAUGGACGACGUUGAGGUGCCCAGCGAGAACCUGCUGCCCAACGUCGAGGGACUGAAGGGACCCUUUGGUUGUCUGAACAACGCUCGCUUCGGCAUCGCCUGGGGUGCACUUGGUGCCGCCGAGGCCUGCUUGACUCAGGCACGAGAGUACACUCUCAACCGAAAGCAGUUUGGUGUUCCGCUGGCUCGGUUCCAGUUGAUCCAGAAGAAGCUCGCUGAUGGUGUUGCUGAGGUCGCUCUUGGCCUCCAGGGCUGUCUGCAGGUUGGCCGCCUCAAGGAUGAAGGCAAGAUCAGCCCUGAGAUGAUUUCCCUGAUCAAGCGUAACUCAUGCGGCAAGGCGCUCAACAUUGCCCGCGAGUGCAGAGACAUGCUCGGCGGCAACGGUAUCUCGGACGAGUACCACAUCAUCCGCCACGUCAUGAACCUCGAGGCCGUCAACACAUACGAGGGCACCCACGACAUCCACGCCCUUAUCCUGGGCAGGGCCAUCACCGGCAUCCAGGCAUUUACUGCCUGAGCGAAGCCGGAGGCUGGAGCGAGAGAGGCUCGCACAGAAUAUACAGCGAAAAUGGCGGCUACUUCGUGGGUCGCGACGGCGAAUAAAGCAAACUUGUUUUGAAACGGGACACCUUCACACAGGG